AUGAAGAUUCUCGUCGGCUCUCAACCUGAGAUUGAUUUCCCACUCGUUGUAGCAGACGAUAUCUAUACCUGUGGACCAAUCUAUUUAGGUAUCUCUUCUGUUGAAAAGAAAGACCCAGAUCUAGCGGCAUGGCUUGGCAAGGCUCCAACAAUUUAUGUGAAUCUGGGUUCCUUGGUUCGUCUCAGUGAGCCCAGAGCUAUUGAGCUUGCUAUGGCUCUAGCUGUGGUUUUAGAAACAUUGCAAGGGAAUAUCGAGCUACCGCAAUACCAGGUUCUGUGGAAGAUUAUGAAACUUGAAGAUUAUCCAUUGUCGGGUCCAGAUUCAAAGAUUGCAAGUGUACUGGGGAAAUGGAUGGAAACGGAUGUUGUGAGGAUUGUCGAAUGGUUCGAGGCUGAUCCAUCGUCGAUUCUCAAAUCGGGUAAUAUUGCUUGCUCCAUACAUCUUGGAGGCGCGAACUCUUAUCAUGAGGCUGCGAGCAGGACUGCUAAGCCGUUGUGGACGGCUCCAGAGCUCUCAAAAGUUGUGCUGGAUGUGUUAGUUGGUGAGAAAUCAAAGGAGAUGAAAGAUAAGGCCACGGCGAAGGCAGUCAAGGAGAAAGGGCCCGGGGCAGUCAAUGCUGCUCGCAUUAUUCUUGAUGAGGUUAUGUCAACGUCUGCUUGA